AUGCCUUGCGGGACCGUGCAUCUAGUAAAAUGGGUGCGGACAAACACCACCCGAGGGGUGAAAGGUUGGUGGGUAUCAGAAAAAUGCAAGAAUACAGGGAGAUCUGCACAGUCUUCCCCGACCAAGUCACCCACCAAGUCGCCCACCAAGCAGCCUUCAGACAAGACCAUGCAUAGGUUCUCUGAGGACUUUGAUGCAAGCUACAAUGACCAAGGGGGCAUCAAUCGCAUACGACUUCCAAAUGGCCGGGGAAAGAAAAAAACAGCUAGUCCCAAUGAGUACCUCUGGCAGUGGAAGUAUAGGACCCAUGAUUAUCUGGACAUCAUGCUUCAAUGGGAGGCGCCUCCUCCAGACUGUGUAUGCUGUUUGUGCGGUGGGGAUGGGACCCAGGAGUGCCAGUGGCCAUUCCACCAUAUCAGUCAAUGGAACAGAGAUUUCUUUGAGAGGACCACUCUGACCAAGCUAGGCAUUGAGAUUCAUGCUGGCCAUGGGGGAAAGCCUUGCCAAACCUAUGACUGGGAAUGGGAGGACACGGAUGAUGAAGAUCAGUAUGCUCCUGGAACUCCAGGACCAGGUGAAGAUGCACCAUCUGCAGAAGUGCCUCCGGGAUCGCCAGAGGCUUAUGAUGGAGAACCUGAUGUAUUUGUAGAAUUGGUAUCAGGGGCAGCUGCCCAGGACUCACCGGAGGUAAACAUACUGCCUGCAGGAAUAACAGUAAUCACAGUGGUGCACACUUCAGGCAUUCAUACCAUGUCGAUAAGAUUCUGUCAAUGCCCUGAUGCCGAAACACUUGUCAAACAGCUUUUAAAAUGGGAUUGUUCCCAGCAUCUUUCACCCACCUGA